AUGGCGAAUGUUUUUUGCGAUAAUCGUGAAAUUCUGUUGAUUAAUUAUCUCCAAAAAAGUAAAACAAUAACAGGAGAAUAUUACGCGUUAUUGCUUGAUAAGGUAUAUGGCGGCCAUUGGAUAGGCAAUAAUGGUCCAGUACGCUGGCCAGUAAGAUCUCCUGAUUUGAACCCAUUGGACUACUUUUACUGGGGGAUAUCCAAAGAAGCAGUUUAUCACAAUGGCGGCUCCAAUGACCCAAAUGACAUGAUACAAAGAAUCCAACAUCACGCCCAGCAUCUAGAACCCAAAAAAAUACAUGGGGGGCAUUUCGAACAAUACUUGGAUGGUGAUGAUGGUGGUAAUGGUGUUGAUGAUGUUGUUGAGGAGGAGGACGAGAAUGGUGAUGAUGUUGAUGUUGAUGGUAAUGAUAAAAAUGGAGAAGAUGAUGAUGAUGAUAUGAACAACGAUGUUGAAAAUGAUGGCAGCGAAGACAGUGAGGCUGAUGAUAGUAUGAAUGAAGAUGAUGACGACGUUGGCAACGAUCCGGAUUGA